AUGCAACAAUCACAUCUUUAUAAAAUAGUACCAGUCAGACUCUUCCCUGUAGACAAGAAAAAGAUUAAUUUUAUCGCAGUGUUGUCACUCAAUGAGGAUUUACAUUAUCUAGUGACUACGGGAGGGAAUGUAAGAAAGAACAAUGAAAAGAAAAGUUGGAAGUCUUGCUUUAGUGGUACUGUGCUCGAUGUCACCAAGACUAUGUUUUGUGGUUGGUUUGAUUUGACGUCAAGCAUGAAUGAGGCACUCUUUCCAGCAAGCAAAUCUACAGUCAUUCUAGUCGAGGCAAGACACUACUUUAGUGCAAACAACGAAUCGAUCGAUCAACACAUAUUCAUCUACCAUACAUUAAACUCUGGCGUUAAAUCGGUCGGUCCAAAACUACCAAACGGUUUAGACUUGAAUCAAUAUUUGGAUAGUAAAUUGGAAAAGGAUAAAGUCUAUAAAAAGAUAAAGAAUUUAGAAAAUGAAAUAUUAAAUUUAAAACAACAACUUUUAAUAUAUCAACCUUCUGAUACUCAAAUGACAUCACCAAAGAAAACAACAACAACUCCUGUUAUUAUAUCAUUAUGUGAUGAUUUAAAGAGAAAGAGAGAUGAUAAUGAUAAUGAUAAUAAUAAUAAUGAUAGAUUAAAAAAUAAUAAUAAUCAACCUACAACAUUUAAUACAACUACUUCUACAACAACAACUUCAACAACUUCUUCUUCUACAACUUUUAUAAAACCAUUUUCUCAAGAUUAUAAUAUUACAAAAAGAUUUAAAAGUUUGAUUGGUAUGAUAAAUAUUAGACAAAAGAUAUUUGGGUUUGUUAAAGAAUUGACAAACAAGUUAGAUGGACGUAGAUCAAUUUGUGGAAGAGAUAUCAUUAAAUUACCAAAUAUUGAAAUGAUAUCAAAAUAUGCAAUGCCAUGGGACUUUAUCAAACACUAUAUACCAACUAAAAAACAAGUACCAUUACAACAAAGAGGUGAAGUCAUUUAUAAAUAUUGUCUUCAUCCAAACGCAUCAUUGUAUACACUCUCUCAACUAUUUAAAUGGUCACCCGAUUAUGACCCCAGACAACAAUACAAGGGUCAUUAUGAUCAUUUGGCAUAUGAAGUUGCUUGUUAUGGAAAGACAGAGGUAUUGACAUACCUAUUCAGAGAAUUUCCAAAUAUUCAAGAAACCAUUGGAAUGUGUGCCUAUGCAAACAAACAAGCGGCACUUGAUAUUGUAUGUAAAGGUGGAAACUUGGCAACCGUUAAAGUAUUAUUAUCAAAUCUCAAUUGUAGAGAUAUCACAUCUGAUGCAAUGGAUCGAGCUGCUCGAAAAGGCCAUUUGGAUGUUGUCAAGUAUCUCGAUAAAUUCUUUAAAGAAAAUGCAGAGGAUGAUUUUGAAAUUGACGAAGAAUGUAGUACUGAUGCCAUGAACGGAGCUGCAAAAAAUGGACAUAUCAAUGUUGUAAAGUACUUAAAUGAAAAUCGUACAGAGGGAUGUACAUCUAAGGCGAUGGAUCUAGCAGCAUUGAAUGGACAUCUCAAUGUUGUAGAGUAUCUAGGUAAUCAUCGUACAGAGGGAUGUACUACUGAUGCUAUGGAUCUAGCAGCAUUGAAUGGACAUCUCAAUGUGAUACAGUGGUUACACGAAAAUUCAGAUGUUGGAGGCACAGAAAAAGCAUUACAAAAUGCAAUUAAAAAUGGUCAUAAAAAUAUUAUUGAUGUAUUUUUUUAA